AUGGUCCUAUUUGUUUCGAUUGUGUUUUCAAUUCUGCUUCAAUCUGUGCGGAUGGUCACCUUGGAAGAAGGAUUAAAAAACCCGGAAAAGUACAUAUUCUACGACCAGAACCCGUUCAACAUUGGAAUGCAUGCCGGUAUCUCACUACUCAUCACCUACAGUAUCCUUGCUAUCGUCCUUGGAUUCAUUGCCACAAUUUCAAGAGCUCUGGGCUAUAGAAGGAAGCGAGCUAUUUUACAAUUCAAAUCUCGCCUCAGUGGUCAUCCAACAAUGAUCAGUGUCAUUUUAGCAGCACAACUAAUCAGUCGUUGUGGCCCUCGUCAUCCUAGGAGGCAAGUCCAAACAAGAAAAAUUCAGUUUGUCAAACUGCUUGGAUGAAAUAUUCUGGAUGUUCAAAACCUGUUACUUCCCAAGAAAACCAACAUCAAUUUUCCGUGCACGCAAAAUAGUGAUCACUUUUUUUGUUACCGAGGUUAACCCCUCAACCACAAUAUAAUAUAAUUAUUUC